GGUUUUGCGAUUUUCACAGAAGCAAAGCAGGCGGGCGAGAAACAAGUCGGAGUUUGGGCAUACCGGUGAAGCUAUUACACGAGGCGUCGGGUCACAUCGUAACGGUGGAACUCAAGAGUGGAGAGCUUUACAGAGGAAGCAUGGUCGAGUGCGAGGAUAAUUGGAAUUGCCAGCUUGAGAACAUCACCUUCACUGCUAAAGAUGGAAAGGUUUCACAGCUUGAGCAUGUUUUCAUCCGAGGCAGUAAAGUCAGGUUCAUGGUCAUACCGGAUAUGUUAAAGAAUGCUCCUAUGUUCAAACGUCUAGAUGCUAAAAUCAAGGGUAAGAGCUCAUCUCUUGGAGUUGGCAGAGGUAGAGCUGUUGCAAUGCGAGCCAAAGCUCAAGCUGCUGGCCGUGGCACAACUGGCAGAGGUGUUGUGCCAUCUAUUCGUAGGUAAGUGUUGAUCCUGUGAAGUGCUUUCCAAUCUCUUCCAUCGGGAGAAGUAUUCAUCUUUGCAAGCUGUUUGGAAAUUGCUUACUAUAACCA